CAGCUUUAGGAUUGCUGUGGGCGGACAGGGGAUUCCGGUUCCGGGUGUUUUCAUAUCCCACUCGGAGGCGUUGAUCUCUCUGAUUAUGGUAUUUUAUCAUAAACGUAUUUCUAUAGAAGACUGAUUAAAGUAAAGUUAUUUUGAUCAAGGAGGUCCAAUAGUUGUCGUGAACAUGGCGACCCGCUCGGAGAGAGAAAAGUCUCUAAAACUCAACGAGCAGCACCAGGCCAUCCUGUCCAAAAUGCUGAGAGAGGAAGACAACAAGUACUGCGCCGACUGCGAGGCGAAAGGUCCAAGAUGGGCAUCCUGGAAUCUGGGAGUAUUUAUGUGCAUCCGGUGUGCUGGCAUCCACAGGAAUCUGGGAGUACACAUAUCCAGAGUCAAAUCAGUCAACCUGGACCAAUGGACCUCAGAACAAAUGCAGGUACUGUUUUGAUCCUGUGUGUACUUA